AUGGCUGUCAUUGGGCUGUGGAAGGGUACAUGGUACUCUUUAACAAGAGGUAUAUCAAAUGCAUCCCACAGCAGUGUAUGCCUCUCUGAUGUUAAUUCAUUUGACUUCACAACAAAAUAUCAUCCAUGUGAGCUAUUGCCGAUUGGAGGUGAGGCCUCCCCAGUGCUGCUGAGCACCAAUGGCCAAGUGCUAAUUGCAGCAUCUUGUUAUGGCAAGGGCCAGAUGGUGGUUGUUUCCCAUGAGGGAAUCUUGAAGAACUCCAAGUUUUCUCAGUUUCUCAGAAAUGCUGUGGAGUGGCUCAAGCCUUCCCCCGAGGCCCUGGUUGGGGUCCAUUCUCAUUUGGAUUCCCUCUCCCAGCUGCUGCUCCAGGCUGGCACCAAGGCACAGUCUGGGGCAGAGCUUAGCCCCUCCCUGGGGGUGUACUAUAUGGACGCCUAUGAUAGCACACAGGCGAAAGACCUGGUUGGCUUUGUAAAGGGGGGUGGAGGGCUGCUCAGGAACCAGGCGACCAACGUGGCUGGCGUGUAUUUCACAGGCAGCAAGGGAGAGACUGGCACUUUCUCAGUGUCUAAAGAAAUGCCAAGGAUUCCUCUGAUCACUCAGUGA